UAAGAAAAUGUAGCAGUGGGACCAUAAUUCGUGAUACACCGGUUACACAGCACGCGCAAGUUUGUUUACGACACGUUAAAAAGAGGAAUAUAGUAGAAACUACUGUAUAACCUUAUUCAGCUUUAGAAAGGUCUCAUGGAUGAUGAGGUUGACUGUCCUGAGCUGGUUCCUAUUGAGGAUAAGAGCAAGACACCUGCAGCUCAGAUCCCUGUCACCAUCAUCACAGGUUACUUGGGUUCUGGGAAGACAACACUCUUGAAUUACAUACUGACUGAGCAGCACAACAAAAGAAUAGCAGUCAUUCUCAAUGAGUUUGGUGAAGGCAAUGCUCUGGAGAAGUCUCUGGCAGUGAGUCAGGCAGGAGAGCUGUAUGAAGAGUGGCUGGAACUCAGGAAUGGUUGUCUGUGCUGUUCGGUGAAGGAUAAUGGGCUGAAAGCAAUUGAAAAUCUGAUGGAAAAGAAAGGGAAAUUUGACUACAUUCUUCUUGAGACAACUGGUUUGGCAGAUCCAGGAGCAGUUGCCUCAAUGUUCUGGGUUGAUGCUGAACUAGGAAGUGAUCUUUAUCUGGACGGCAUUAUUACGGUUAUUGAUGCAAAAUACGGAAUGCAGCAUCUGAGUGAAGAAAAACCAGGAGGCUUGAUAAAUGAAGCUGUAAGACAGAUAGCCCUCGCUGAUCUGAUGAUUAUUAAUAAAACCGAUUUGGUGAACGAGGCUGAGCUCGAUCAGCUUCGAGACACGAUCAGGUCUAUUAAUGGCCUUGUCAAGGUCCUGGAAACACAAAGGUCCAGGGUCGACUUGUCUCAGGUGUUGGAUCUACAUUCAUUUGAUACCAAAGAUAGUGCAAGACUGGCGGAGAAACUACAGUUAAUGAAAACAACACACGCGCAUCUAGACAAGGAGAUAUUAACAGCUACGUUUGAAGUACCUGGAAGCGUCUCUGAGGACCAUUUAAAUGUGUUUAUUCAGGACCUUUUAUGGGAAAAGGCAUAUAAGAACAAAGCAGGACUGCCAAUGAAUGUCAUUCGCUUAAAGGGCAUUUUGUCCCUGCAUGGUAAGCAGAAGAAGGCAAUGCUGCAGGGCGUUCAUGAGCUUUAUGAGCUGGAUGAAACACCUGAAGCCUGGACAGAUGGAGAGCCCAGGAUCAACAAACUGGUCUUCAUCGGUCGCCAUUUGGAUCGAGAAAUUUUAAAGAAAGAGUUCCACUCUUUAGUCUCGACUGGAGAUGACUGAUGAAAUAAAGCCAUGGAGAAGUGAAGGGAAAAGCCGAAAGAAGAAGAAGAAGAAGUGGUAGUUCAUUGGUUAAGACAUUGGAUCACUGAUUGUAUGCUUGUGAGUUUGAAAACCCAGGACCACCAGGCUGCUGCUGUUGGGCCCUUGCGCAUGGCCCGUAACCCCUAAACUGCUCAGUUGUGUAAAUGAGAUAAAUAUAGGUCAUUCUGUAUAAAGGUGUAUGCCAGAUGCUAGAAAUGUAAUGUAAUGUAAUGCAUCUUGCAUACGAUUAUAGUCAAAAUAAAGCUGACCGCAGACCAGGUCUAAUAUUUAGACUGUAACUUAAAAUAAGUUUUCAGUCAUAGUUUAAGGUGCCAUGCACAGAUGUUUGCACUCCCAAUCUUAUGCCUGACUUAUAUGAAGCUACUCAUGUCUGAAAGGAUGCAAAGGAUCUUGUUUAAGUGAAGUUUUAAGAGUUUUUGUAGGUGUUUUUUUUUUUGGUUUUUUU